CCGUGUCUUAUAUGCACCCUGUUCUAUCCUCAUGUGUCUUUAAUAUUGUGUAAAUUAUUCACCACAUGUGUACCUGACAGUCCAGUGUUUUCCUCCUGUGUUCGGUUGGGUGCCUGUUACAAUCCUGUUCUGGACUACAAAAAAAGAGCACGAUCCGUCCUGGCUAGCAAGUCUCCUUGACCUUCGUUAGGCUUGCGAUGCCUCAGUCCGCCCAUGCGCUACAAUAUUAUCAUGCCACAGGGUUUAAACACACACAGUGCACUGGAUUGUACAUGCUGUAAAUGCUAGUGUAAAUGACGUCCGUAAUAUGUUGAAACAUCAGUGAAGAAUAUCCAGGAAUGGGUGAAAUCACUGCAAUGGAAAUCAAACAAUCUGUAGAAGAGAGAAAAGAAUGCCAAGCAUCGCAAUUAAAUGAAGAUUCCUCAAACACUAAAAAGGGGAGUGAAAAGAAUGACGAGGUCAGCCUGGGUGUUGGAUUUUUUCAGCUGUUCCGUUUUGCGACAUGGAAGGACACAGCCAUAAUGGUAUUGGGGGGGCUGUGUGCCUUAAUCCACGGUGCUGCCUCCCCUCUCAUGCUGCUGGUCUAUGGCUUGAUGACGGACACCUUUGUGGAGUAUGAGCUGGAGGUCCAAGUGCUGGCAGACCCCAAUAAGACCUGCACCAAUAACAUCGUCAACUGGCUCAAUGGCUCCAUUUUCCAACAGGCUGACAACACCACGGUGGUUUGUGGAGUAAACAUAGAGGGCCAAAUGACCAUGUUUGCCUACUACUAUGUUGGCAUUGGAGUUGGAGUCUUCAUUCUUAGUUACUUUCAAAUUUCACUUUGGGUGCUGGCUGCGGCUCGUCAGGUGCAGAAGAUCAGGAAGACGUACUUUCGAAAGAUCAUGCGCAUGGAAAUUGGCUGGUUUGACUGCACCUCCACUGGAGAGCUAAACACAAGAAUAUCAGAUGACAUCAACAAAAUUAAUAAUGCCAUUGCAGACCAAGUGUCCAUCUUCAUUGAAAGGAUCUCCACCUUCAUCUUUGGCUUCACGGUGGGCUUUAUUGGGGGCUGGAAGCUGACCCUCGUGGUCAUUGCUGUUAGUCCCUUAAUUGGGCUUGCAGCUGGAUUAAUGGCUAUGGCGGUCGCUAAGCUAACAGGCCGUGAGCUGCGGGCCUACGCUAAGGCAGGCGCAGUGGCAGACGAGGUGCUGUCGUCCAUCAGGACAGUGGCGGCCUUUGGAGGGGAAGCCAAGGAGGCAGAAAGGUAUGACAGAAACCUUGUUGAGGCUCAGAACUGGGGCAUCAAAAAGGGGACGAUUGUUGGUGUGUUUCAGGGAUAUCUGUGGUGCAUCAUCUUCCUCUGCUACGCCUUGGCUUUCUGGUACGGCUCCAAGCUGGUCAUUGACACGAAGGAGCUGUCUCCUGGAAGUCUGAUCCAGGUGUUUUUCGGAAUCCUUAUGGCGGCCAUGAACCUGGGCCAGGCCUCACCAUGCCUGGAGGCUUUUGCCUCUGGGCGAGCUGCUGCUAAGACUAUUUUUGACACUAUUGACCGGGAACCAGAAAUCGAUUGCUUCUCAGAGGAGGGCCACAGGUUAGACAAAGUGAGAGGAGAUAUUGAAUUUCAUGGUGUUACAUUCCAUUAUCCCUCCCGGCCAGAGGUAAAGAUUUUAGACAAGCUGGCCAUUCAUGUGAAGUCCGGGGAGACCACUGCAUUCGUUGGGCCAAGUGGUUCUGGAAAAAGCACCGCAGUGCAGCUAAUUCAGAGAUUUUACAACCCAGGUGAAGGAAUGGUGACAUUGGACGGCCAUGACAUCCGGGGACUGAACAUCCAGUGGCUUCGAUCCCUGAUCGGGAUUGUGGAGCAGGAGCCCGUGCUGUUUGCCACGACCAUCGCUGAGAACAUCCGCUACGGCCGGCCGGGCGUCUCCAUGGAGGACAUCGUGAAAGCAGCCAAGGAGGCCAACGCUUACAACUUCAUCAUGGAUUUACCGCAGAGAUUCGAGACGCUGGUGGGAGAGGGCGGGGGUCAGAUGAGCGGCGGUCAGAAGCAGAGGAUCGCCAUUGCUCGCGCUCUGGUCCGAAACCCCAGGAUCCUGUUGCUGGACAUGGCUACCUCUGCCCUGGACAACGAGAGUGAGGCUGUGGUGCAGGGGGCCCUGGAUAAAGCUCGAUUGGGUAGGACAACCAUCAGCAUUGCCCACCGGCUGUCUACCAUUCGGAAUGCCGACGUCAUCAUUGGGUUUGAACAUGGAAGAGCUGUUGAGAGAGGCACCCAUACUGAGCUUCUUGCCAAAAUGGGCAUCUACUACACCCUAGUCACACUACAGAACCAGGGCAGUGAUGUGGUAAAACAAACUCCUGACAAAGAAAGCAAAGAGGACCCAUGCAUUGAAAGAGUGGGCAGUUCCAGGAGGACAUCCUAUGAAUCUUCAUUAAGGGCAUCUCUACGUCUGAGAUCAGAAUCUCGCAUCUCCAGCGAGUUCAUUCCUGAUGCGAUACGAGAAACGGCCAAAGUCAAACCUGAUUUCAGCAACCACACCGAUCGUGAAACCGAAAAGAAAGAGGAUUCAGAGGAGCUUGUGGAAACGGCACCGGUGGCCCGGAUUCUGAAGUAUAACCGACCCGAAUGGCUCUACAUGCUUCUGGGCUCACUGGGGGCAGCAGUGAAUGGAUCAGUCAAUCCCAUCUAUGCCAUUUUAUUCAGCCAGAUCCUAGGGGCAUUUUCCGUGACGGACCUGGAUCAGCAGAGGUCUCAGAUCAACGGCAUUUGCAUAUUGUUUAUCAUCGUAGCGAUCACAAGCUUCUUCUCCCAGUUUCUACAGGGCUACUCCUUUGGGAAAUCUGGGGAACUUCUUACUCGAAGGCUGAGGAGGAUGGGAUUCCAGGCCAUGCUGAAGCAAGAGAUCGGUUGGUUCGACGACCCGAGAAACAGCCCAGGAGCUCUUACCACAAGGCUGGCGACGGAUGCUUCCAUGGUUCAAGGGGCCACUGGGUCACAGAUCGGAAUGAUUGUCAGUUCCCUGACUAGCAUUGGGGCGUCCCUUAUCAUAGCAUUUUACUUUAGCUGGAAGCUAACCCUUCUGGUGGUCUGCUUUUUUCCGCUAAUCGGAUUGUCAGGGGCCUUCCAGGCAAAAAUGCUGAUAGGCUUUGCAAAUGAGGACAAGAAGGCCCUGGAGGCAGCAGGGCGGGUCUCCAGUGAGGCGUUAGCUAACAUCAGGACCAUCGCAGGGCUGGCUAAGGAGAGCAUGUUUGUCGAUUUGUACGAGAGGCAACUUGAGGCUCCGUAUCGAGCUGCCAAAAAGAAGGCCACAGUUUAUGGAAUCUGUUUCGCAUUUGCACAGUGUGUCAUAUUCAUGACAUAUGCUGCCUCCUUUCGAUAUGGUGGCUAUCUGGUCAACAAAGAAGGACUACAUUAUAUGUUAGUUUUCAGAGUGAUAUCCGCUGUAGUGAUUAGUGGCACAGCCCUAGGGAGGGCAUCCUCCUUCACCCCUGACUACGCCAAGGCCAAAGCUGCAGCUGCCCAGCUCUUCACGCUGCUUGACAGAGUCCCACAAAUUAGCCAGGCGGGGGGACAGAAAUGGGAAGGGUUUAAAGGAGAGAUAGAGUUCGUCAACUGCAGAUUCACAUACCCCUCCCGGCCUGACAUUCGUGUGCUGAACGGGCUGAACGUGUCGGUGAGGUCAGGCCAGACCUUGGCUUUCGUCGGCAGCAGUGGUUGUGGGAAGAGCACCAGCAUCCAGCUGCUGGAGAGAUUCUAUGACCCGGAUGAAGGCAGAGCGUUGAUAGAUGGUUAUCCAACGGGGAAUAUCAGUGUGCCAUUCCUAAGAUCCCAGAUUGGUAUCGUCUCCCAAGAGCCCGUGCUGUUUGACUGCAGUAUAGGUGAAAACAUCCAGUAUGGAGACAACAGCCGAACUGUUGGCAUGGAUGAGGUCAUCGCUUCUGCACAGAAAGCCUAUUUGCAUGACUUUGUCAUGUCGUUGCCAGAUAAAUAUGAGACGCAGGUUGGUGCUCAGGGCUCCCAGCUGUCCCGGGGGCAGAAGCAGCGCAUCGCCAUCGCCCGGGCCAUCGUCAGAAACCCCAAGAUCUUGCUGCUGGAUGAAGCUACGUCUGCCCUGGAUACAGAGAGCGAGAAGGAGGUGCAGGCUGCUCUGGACGAAGCCCGACGGGGUCGCACCUGUAUUGUGAUAGCGCACAGGCUGUCCACCAUCCAAAACGCCGAUAUCAUAGCUGUCAUGUCCCAGGGGGUUGUGAUCGAGAAAGGCACGCAUGAAGAGCUCAUGGCCAAGAAGACUGCGUAUUACAAACUGGUCACUACAGGGGCACCUAUCAGUUAA